AUGGCGGCCUACUUGACUGGCAUGACUGGCAUGACUGGCGCAGGUCUCGGCCUGACUUUGGCCCCUCCCCCCGGCCUCGAGCCAAUUGUGUGCGAGCCCAGACCGGAGGAGCUUAUGGCCAAGGCACUCACCGACCUGUACGGACGAAUGCCCCAGCAAGAUGUGGCAAGACUCACUGAGAUCCUCACGGGUCUGGGAUCAGGCCGGAAGCUGAGCCAGUCCGACCACCUGAUGCUGGCGCAAGUCAUCCGCAAGCUUGAGGAUGGCGUGGCGACUACGGUGGGGGUGCCCCAGGCGACUGAGGGGACCGGUUCCUGCCGCUUGCUGCGGCACAAAGUGAUCGAAAGGCGCCUGGGGCAAGGCUUUUGCUUGUUCCUCAUUUUCGCCGGGCAGAUGCUCGUCUUAGACCGGUAUCUUGGGGCAAACGGCCCGGAUGGAGUUUUGGACACUCCGCUGCUCGAGGUGACCAAGCUCAAGCCGGAGUCCCUGUGCUCUACACCCAGCGUCCAGCGGGCACACCGCAAGAGCUUUCAGAAGAAGAUGCACCAGGCUCGGCAGACGUUUCGCAGGGAGUUUGGACGUUUCAGCGACACGCGCAGUCAGGGGCCGCAAGCAGAGGUGCGGGCCGGGGCUGUGAGGGAGAGCCCGAGGAACAAGAUGCCCGCGUCGGAGCCGCAAGCCCUUCCCUCCUCCAAGUUUUGGCCCUCGUCGAUGUCGGGGUCGGAGACCUCGGACACCACCUUGGCAUCCCACUGGGAACCGCAGGAGCCAACCGUGAUGGACCUUGCGCUCCAGACCCGCUAUGCCUCGUCGUGGCGGGAGGAUUGUGGUUUACACCCGAGCAGCUCCUUUUGGAACAGCGUCACCAAGAUGAUGAUCCGAAACAUCCCCGCGCGGUGCCAGCAGGAGGAAGUGCAUCGAUUGAUCCAAGAGGUGACGCCGAACUUUCGGCUGCAGAUGCCUAGCAGGUCUUGGAGCAGCAAGUGUAAGGGCUACGCUUUCGUUGAGGUGGACAGAAGCAGCUUGAGGCGACAUUUUUUGGACCUGACCGCGCGACAGAUCCGCGGGACGACAUCAGGUUGUUGA